UGCUGUCACCAAGUAAAUAUAUUUCAUAUUUGGGAUAACAAGUAGUACUCGUUGUUUUGAAGGCAAGGAGAGCUCUUCGGCCACUAAAGGGGCUGGUGAAGAUUCAAGCCUUGGUGAGAGGUCACAAUGUUCGUAAGCGAGCAAAUCACACUUCGAUGCAUGGAGGCCAUGGUUCGAGUUCAAGCUCACAUGUGCAAUCAACGCAAAAUCUUUCUGCUCAUGAAGGGAGCACAGAAUCCGUAUUUAAUGACCCCAACAGCAUGUUGAGCUCGCAUCUUGUCGACAAAAUGUCCAUCUGUAGAGAAGAGAGCUGCAAUGUCAAUGAAUGGGUACAAUGGGACGAGCACCCAAAAACACAGGAGGAGAUUCAAGCCAUUUGGCAGAAAACAAAGGAAGCUACCUCGAAACGUGAAAAGGAUCUUGCUCUUGCCUUAUUCCACCAGAAUUGGAGAACAGAGGGAGAGACAGUCGAAAGUGAGGAAGAAGUGGAGUGA